CUACUUGUUACGUUCUAACAAGCGUCCAUCAACGCAGACUUUAUUAAUUUUCGUAGAAUUUGUAAGAUGUUAAAACUUAUCUUUUUAUUGUAUUUCUUUGGUGUUUCAACUGCAGAAAUAGCUGUUCAACCCGAGGAGUGCCCUGGACUUUACUGUGGAAGAAAACCAAUAGGGCCAGCUCAUUAUUCUGAUUGUGGGGCAUGUCCCAGGGGUCACUAUGUGGAGAACUCUAUAUGUGGGGAAUGUGACGCCUCACCCACCCUGUAUGACUGGCUCUAUCUUGGCUUCAUGGCUCAAGUCUCACUCCUCUUACACUUCUUCUGCAUUGAGAUUAAAGAUGGAAAAAAAUCAUCCCAAAAAGUGCUGCAUUUGUCAGCCUUGACAGAGAGUGUGACUGCUGCCCUGCUGACCCUGCUACUCUCUGAGCCCCGGGGGUCCCUGAGCCUGACCUCGUGCCACGUAAACAGGCUAGAGGACUGGUACUCCAUGCUGUACAACCCAUCACCCAACUAUACCUACACACUCCACUGUACACAGGAGAUUGUCUACCCACUUUACACCAUAGUAAUGAUCUACUAUGCCUUUUCUCUGCUGUUUAUGCUGUGCCUACGUCCAAUUAUAAGCUACAAGUUUGUGGAGUGCCGUGGAAAGUGGUCAAUCUAUGCGGCCCUCUACUUCUUACCCAUAUUGAUUGUCAUCCAGGCACUUUUUGCAGGACUGCUGUACUAUUCUUUCCCUUACAUCACCAUUAUAGUGUCCCUGAUCACCAGCGCAAUAUACAUGGCAUCCAGCCCUUAUACGACUUCAUUAGCUAUGAUUCGUGAGAAGCUACUAAAUGUUCGUGGUGUGGUGGUCCUGCUGGGUCACCUAAUGCUGCACGCGUAUGGGAUCAUUGCCAUCACGGAGCUCAAGGAGCCAGAACACGGGCCACUUCUGCUGCUUGUUGUUUGUCCCAUGCUGUUCUACAUCUUCACCAACAAGUUUACUAAUCCAGACAACUUGGAUCGAGUGGAGUGAAUCAUCAAAUAGUGGGAUGAUCAUACUUGAUAAAUUGUUAUUGCUAUAGUAGAUGAGAACUGCAAAUGCAAACAAUUUAUAGUGUAAAAUGAAUCUGAUGGUUGUGUGACAUGCCAUUCAAAAAUGUCACAAAUUCCAGGCACACACAAUGUUGUGUUACCAAUAGUAAGAUAUUUCUGUAUUGGAUUGGAAAACAUCUGCACAGCUCCACAGCUCUUCCUAGAAAUUUCCAGCUGACAAAAAUUGGGGUCUCUGAUCUUUUGAUGGGGUCAAAUAUAUGGACUUAUUCAAUAAAAGUUUAUUUUGGCUGUUUGAGGGAUGCACAAUCCGACUACCUAUUAGUUGGAAAUAGUGGUUCCUGGCCAACAAGUUAAUAUGUUGUGUCAGGGGCCAGAUGCCUGUAUCACAACUGGACUGUAAAGUUUAACAUAAAAACUUAAAAAACAACACCAUGUAUGCAGGCUGUGUUGUUACUAGCAGCUGGACAAAUUGUGACGUGGCAGUACGGUACCAUACUAGAAGGCUAAGACUUUUGCUGCUGGUCAGUAAUAUCUGUAGUUUUCAUCUGGAUGCGGCAACAUAUUGUGAAAGGUCUUCAAUAUCAUGAUAUUGAUAUAUAUUGAACUACAGAGAAUUUAGUGUUUUUCUCCACAUCUGAACCAGAACAGUUCUGGCUACAACCUUCUGUUAUUUAAGUACUAGUGUUUGAAGGAAAUCAUGUUUGUAAAGUCUUGUUGAUCAUAGACCACAGUAAUGUUUGCCAUGUAAAAACUAGGAUGUUAUCAUUAAAUAGUAUAUAAUAUUGUAUGUAAUCAUGAUAAUAAUUUUCGUUUGUUUUAUAAUGUUUCAGUGCAAUAAUAAAUUUUCAUGUUUUAUUCAUUUUGAAGAAUUUCUCAUCCUAAGACCAUCAUGUCUAGUAUGCUUAAAGGAUAUAUGUGAACAAAAGCAAUGUCAGUGUGGCUAUGUUUGUCUGUCAUAAAUAAAAGUUUAGAUUCAUUGCUAUGAACAUGCAUUUGAAGGUGUAAAAGCCAAAAAUUGUCUAUACAUUCUGGUUACCUUUAUCAAGUUAGUUGGGUUAAUGUAAUUGACAGCUUGUAGCUACAUUGAAACAGAACCACUUAAGAAUACCAUACCAGAUGUACGAAGUGUUGAUAACUUGUAUAUUAAUAACUUUUUUAGAAACACCAGCAACGCAGUGGAUAAGAUGUUUUUUCAGUCAUUUCAUGUCAGAGUAUAGCUAUAAAAUCAUCACCAUUUAAAUAGAAUUCCACAGGUUGUAUGUCGCCUGCAGGGAGCGCAUUCUAUUAAAGGGACUGUACACCAGAUUUGUACCAAAAAAUGUUUUUUCUUUAACGAAUUUCAGGACAAUUAUUUAAUAAAAUGUUUUACUCUUUGAUAUCAUAAUUGUAAAAAAAAUGCCAAAAUGUAAAAAAAAGAGAUCGAGUCAGAGACCGGGUUCGAACCAGUGUCGCCAAACUUGCAGUCCAGUGUUGUAUCCGCUGUGCUACAAAGGCUUACCUUAAAUGGUUGGAAUAUUUAAGCUAUAUACCUAACCUGGUAAUAUCACGUGAUAACAUUGACUAGCCAAUCACGCAUAGGGAAUGAAUUCUAUUAGGUAGACAUACCUAGUAAUCUUUUUUAAUGGAACAAUACGAAAAAACUGCGAAAAAUAAAUCAAUUGUAAACUA